UGACCGGGGCCGCGGCGCGCACUCCCGCGGGUGACACGAAAUGCUGCGGCGCGACUCGGCGCGCGAGCGCGAGCUCGAGUACGGCCGCGCGCUCGAGAAGCUCGACCACGACAAGCGAGAGAAGCCUGACAGGCGCGACAAGGAGAUCAGACCAAGAGCGCGCACGCCCGAUGGAGCUGUUCUGGCGAGGAGGCAGAUGGCGAUCGAGCGCGGCGCGGCGGCGGAGGUGGCGCCCACCCCGCACCCGCCCUCCCCGCGCGCCGCCAGCCCCGCGCCCGACGACCCGCGCCCGGGGCCCGCCACGCGGCUGUUGACCCUCGCGCACGGCGAACACCAUGAUUCCACCAUCUAUCGGUUUGAGAAGGGCACGACCAUUCGGUUCUGCCCGGGGCCCAGCCUGCUCGGUCGCAAGGUUUUCCUCUACACCAACUACAUCAUCACCGACAGCCAGGAUGAAAAGGCGGAAGUUUCCGAGUUCGUUCGCAAUCAGUACUACGCGCUGGAGUGGCGGCGCGAGGAUGAACAAGGAUUAGAAGAGCUCGGUACGGGAGCACUCAUCACCGAUACGGACCUCUACGCUGAGUUGAAGCUGACGAGAGCUGGGGCCUUCCACUACUACUUCGUAUAUGAUAGCGCAGAGUCGUCGAUCGGGCCCACGGGCUCGGGCUGGCUGCAGUGCGCGGGCGCGCUGCGCGUGGGCGCGGGCGGGCGCGAGGCGCUGCGCGUGGAGGCGCUGGCGUGCCAGACCGUGCUGGCCAAGUGCCUGGGGCCGCUGGCGCGCUGGGAGGACACGCUCCGCGUGGCCAAGGAGAGCGGCUACAAUAUGAUACACUUCACCCCCAUACAGGAACUGGGCGCCUCCAACUCGAGCUACAGCCUGGCGGACCAGCUGAAGCUGAACCCCGCGUUCGGCGCCGACGCCUCCUUCGCCGACGUAGAGAACCUGCUCACCAAGCUGCGCUGCGAGUGGCACAUGGCGUCCAUGUGCGACGUGGUCCUCAACCAUACGGCCAACGAGACGCCGUGGCUGGCUCUUCAUCCCGAGGCCACCUACAACUGCGCCAACGUGCCGCGCCUGCGCGCCGCCGCGCUGCUGGACGCGGCGCUGGCGCGCGCGGCGCGCGGCGCGGCGCGGGGCGACCUGCUGCCGCGCGGCGUCCCGCCCGCAAUCAACUCCGACGACCAUCUGCAGGCCGUGCGACAUUACCUGGAGACCUCGGUUAUACCGGAGCUGCGCUUGCACGAACUGUACACCUGCAAUGUUGCUGAAUUGCUUCAACAGUUCUACUGCCUCGCCAGGAAUAAAGUGCCCCCAGUGUCGGCUGGAGCGGCGGCGGAGCUGACUCUCGUGCCGGACCCGCUCUACCGCCGCCUGCACGCCACCGUGGACAUGGACCGCGCGCUGCAGCUAUACAACGUAUACCGCGCCGACUGUUACGACGAGGAGGCGCGCCUCAAGAAAUGCUGCGAGGAGCUCCGCAGGAAGCUGGAGCAACUCAACGCUGCCGUCCGGGAGGAGGUGGAGGCGCACCUGCGCGCCGCGCUCGACAACUGCGUCGCCGGCAUGAGAUACUUUCGCUUGCAGGCCGACGGGCCUAAAAUAGAAGAGGUGAGCGAGAAGAAUCCACUGGUGCCCAGAUACUUCACGGCGGUGGGCGAGUGCGGCUCGGCGGCGGAGGCGGAGGCGCUCGUGUUCGGCGACGGCGGCCGCUUCGUCAUGGCGCACAACGGCUGGGUCAUGGACGCUGAUCCUCUGAUGGACUUCGCCAACACUUCCAACGUGUACCUCCGGAGGGAGCUCAUCGCCUGGGGCGACAGCGUCAAGCUCAGAUACGGCGACAAGCCGGAGGACAGCCCUUGGCUGUGGGCGCACAUGCGCGAGUACGUGGAGCUGACGGCCGAGCUGUUCGACGGGCUCCGGCUUGACAACUGUCACUCCACGCCGUUACACGUGGCAGAGUACAUGAUGGAUUGCGCGCGCAACGUGAAGCCGGACCUGUUCGUGGCGGCGGAACUGUUCACCAACUCGGACCACGUCGACAACAUCUUCGUCAACCGGCUCGGCAUCUCCGCGCUCAUCCGAGAGGCGCAGGCGGCGUGGGACUCGCGCGAGCAAGGCCGCCUGCUGCACCGCUUCGGCGGGCGCCCGGUGGGAGCCUUCCGCCGCGCCGGGGUGGACGCGGCCCGGCCGGGCGUGGCGCCCGCCGUGCUGCUCGACCUCACGCACGACAACCCCUCGCCGCUCGAGAAGCGCUCCGUGCACGACGUGCUGCCCACAGCGGCGCUAGUGACCAUGGCGUACUGCGCGUCGGGCUCCACGCGCGGGUUGGACGAGCUCGUCCCGCACCACAUACACGUGGUGGACGAGGCGAGGCUCUACCCCGCGUGGGGCACCGAGGAGGGCGACGUGGGCCCGUCGCACGGCCUGAUACAGGCCAGGAGGGAGCUCAACCUGCUGCACUAUCAGCUCGCUCAGCAAGGCUACGAUGAGGUAUAUGUGGACCAGAUGACGGAUGCGGUGACGGCGGUGACGCGCCACUGCUCCCGGUCGCGGCGCUCGGUGCUGCUGGCCGCGCACACCGCCUUCGCGGCGCCGCAAGGGGAUGCUGCGCUGCCUCCGCCGCUGCGCUUCGAGGGAGAUCUCGAGGAGAUACUCUUUGAGAUGGAGCUUCAGCCCAGGAGCGGCGCGGUGUACACCAAAAAUCCGCGCUUCAUCAACGGCCUGGAGCAGUGGACGGCCGCCGUCCGUCGCCGGCCGGCGCCGGACGCUGCGCGGUUCGUGGCGGCCGCUCGGAGGGACGGCGUCCACACCGUGCUGGACUGGCGCGCCUUCCCGCCCGGCGCGGUGAUAGCCGUGCGGAUAGCGCCUCGCGCCGCGCACCGCGCCGCGCUGGACGCCGCGGCGCGCGCGCUGCGGGCGUGGGAGGCGCGCGCGCCCGACGCGCUGGGCCUGGAGCGCGCCCUGCAGCCGCUCGACCUGGCCGACUUCAACGCGCUGCUGUACCGGUGCGACGCGGAGGAGCGCGACGCGGGCGCCGGGGGCGUCUACGACGUGCCCGGCCACGGCCCGCUCGUCUACGCCGGCCUGCAGGGCGCGGUGUCGCUGCUGGAGGAGGUCCGCGCGGGCGAGGCGCUGGGGCACGCGCUGUGCGACAACCUGCGCGCGGGCGACUGGCUGCUGGACUACACGUGGCGGCGGCUGGCCGCGCCGCGCGCCGCGCCGCGCGCCGCGCCGCGCCUCGCCGCCGUGGCCGCGCGCCUGCGGGAGCUGCUGGCUCCUCUCUCCGAGCUGCCGAGGUACCUAGUGCCGGCGUAUGCGGAGGCGACGCUGCGCGCCGUGCACGACGUGGUGACGCGCGCCGCGCUGGCGCGCAUGACGCCCGAAUGCCGCGCGGGCGAGCUGCCUCGCGCGCUGGCGCUGUGCAGCGUGCAGCUGACGGGCGCCGUGCCCAGCGCGCGCCUGCCCGCGCCCUCCCCCGCGCUGCCCCCGCCGCGCCCGCCGCCCGCGCCCGCCUCCGUCACCCUCUCCGCCGGCCUCCCGCACUUCGCCACCGGCUACAUGCGCUGCUGGGGCCGCGACACCUUCAUCGCGCUGCGCGGCACGUUGCUGCUCACGGGGAGAUACCAGGUGUGUGCUAUACUGUGUCCCCUCCCCCUGCCCGCGCCCGCCUCCGUCACCCUCUCCGCCGGCCUCCCGCACUUCGCCACCGGCUACAUGCGCUGCUGGGGCCGCGACACCUUCAUCGCGCUGCGCGGCACGUUGCUGCUCACGGGGAGAUACCAGGUGUGUGCUAUACUGUGUCCCCUCCCCCUGCCCGCGCCCGCCUCCGUCACCCUCUCCGCCGGCCUCCCGCACUUCGCCACCGGCUACAUGCGCUGCUGGGGCCGCGACACCUUCAUCGCGCUGCGCGGCACGUUGCUGCUCACGGGGAGAUACCAGGUGUGUGCUAUACUGUGUCCCCUCCCCCUGCCCGCGCCCGCCUCCGUCACCCUCUCCGCCGGCCUCCCGCACUUCGCCACCGGCUACAUGCGCUGCUGGGGCCGCGACACCUUCAUCGCGCUGCGCGGCACGUUGCUGCUCACGGGGAGAUACCAGGUGUGUGCUAUACUGUGUCCCCUCCCCCUGCCCGCGCCCGCCUCCGUCACCCUCUCCGCCGGCCUCCCGCACUUCGCCACCGGCUACAUGCGCUGCUGGGGCCGCGACACCUUCAUCGCGCUGCGCGGCACGUUGCUGCUCACGGGGAGAUACCAGGAGGCCCGCGCGCACAUUCUUGGUUUCGCGGCGUGUUUGAGACACGGCCUCAUCCCGAACUUACUUGACGGCGGAAAUAAUGCCCGCUUCAACUGCAGGGACGCCGUGUGGUGGUGGCUGCAGGCCAUUAAACAGUACGUGACAGAAGCGCCGCAAGGCGCGGCGCUGCUGUCGGACCCGGUGUCGCGACUGUUCCCUAAAGACGACAGCCAGCCCGCCCCGCCCGGGGCCGUCGACCAGCCGCUCUUCGACGUCAUGCAGGAGGCACUCACCGUACACUUCCAGGGCCUGGUGUUCCGCGAGCGCAACGCCGGGCGGCAGAUCGACGCGCACAUGACGGACAAGGGCUUCAACGUGCAGAUCGGCAUCCAGCCCGACACCGGCUUCCCCUUCGGCGGCAACGACGCCAACUGCGGCACCUGGAUGGACAAGAUGGGCUCCUCCGAGAAGGCCGGCACUAGAGGAAAACCUGCCACGCCGAGGGACGGGAGCGCCAUCGAACUGGUAGCUUUGGCCUACAGCACGGUGUCCUGGCUGGCGGAGCUUCAUCGUACCGGUCGGUUCCCGCACGCGGGAGUAGCGCGAAGACACACAGACGGCUCGCUCACGUCCUGGAGCUACGCGCAGUGGGCGGAGCGCAUCCGGCGCUCCUUCGAGCGCUACUUCUGGGUGCCCGCGGCGCCCUCCGCGCAGGACCUGCGCCCCGACCUGGUGCACCGCCGCGCCAUCUACAAGGACUCGCACGGCGCCUCGCAGCCCUGGGCCGACUACCAGCUGCGCUGCAACGCGGUCGUCGCCAUGGCCGUCGCGCCCGAGCUCUUCGACCCCAAGCACGCGUGGCUCGCGCUCGACACCACCGAGAGGCUGCUCCUCGGCCCGCUCGGACUGAAGACUCUCGACCCGGCCGACUGGGCGUACCGCCCCGAGUACGACAACUCCGACAACUCGGACGACCCCAGCGUCGCGCACGGGUUCAACUACCACCAGGGCCCCGAGUGGGCGUGGCCGCUCGGCUUCUACCUGCGCGCGCGGCUCGCCUUCGCGCACGACGCCGGCCGCUGGGCCCGGACGCUCGCCGCCGUGCACGCCGCCCUGGCCGCGCCGGCCGCCGAGCUGCGCCGCUCGCCCUGGCGCGGCCUGCCCGAGCUCACGGGCCCCGGCGGCGCGCCCUGCCGCGACUCGUGCCGCUCGCAGGCCUGGUCCGCCGCCUGCCUGCUCGAGCUGCUGCACGAGCUGCGCGCGGCGCGGCGCGCGCGCCCGCUGGCCGCCGACUGACGCCGCCCGCGCCGCCUCCGCCACGCCCCCGCCGCCGCCGCCGCCACC